AUGCGCGCUAAAACAAUCAAGAAUUUAGUCACUGUAAAUGAAGAACUAACUGCCGAUGAGUGGCGACGACGAUAUGAACGUGAGAAAGAGAAAGUUAGGAAACUUCACAAUAUUGUAUCUCGUUUGGAAAGUGAACUGAAACGUUGGCGAGGUGGUGAAUCUGUCAGUCAAACUGAAUGGUUUACAGAAACUCAAUAUUCAGCUGCCAUAGAUGAUGCAAAGGACAUAACAACUCCAGAUGUAUUUCCAACCAAACUCAUGUCAGAUAGCAUUUCGACAACUGCACCACAAAGUGUUCAACUAUCAAAUAUAUCUCAAACGCGCACCGGUUCGUUUCCAUCAUCACGUGUCACUGCCCCUAGUGAUACUCUCAGUCCAACCGCGGGUGGUGUCGGUGAUGAACAACUACAGUUUCUUUAUCAACAACUUGAUGAUAAAGACGAUGAAAUUAAUAAGCAAGCUCAAACAAUUGCUCGUCUUCGACAACAAGUCGAAGAACAAGACGAAAUCAUCAAUACUUUACGUAAAGAACGUGAAGGUCAACUGAAGGAGAUCACAAACCUCCAAGCUGAAUAUCAAUCGAGUAAAGAAGAGGUUAAAGAAGUUUUACAAGCUUUAGAAGAAUUAGCUAUGAAUUAUGAUCAAAAAGCACAAGAGAUUGCUUCAAAAGCAAAAGAAUUAGAAGAAGUCCAAGAAUCUUUAUUAAAACAGACUAGAUUAAUGCAUAGUAAAGAUGGUGAAUUAUCUCAAUUGAAAGAUACACAUCAAAAUCAAAAGAAGAAAUAUACUGAAAUGAUGUCUAGUUUAUUAAAAGAUUUAAUUGAUGUUGGUGAAUGUCUAAAUGAUCAAUUGACGAAACCAUCUGUUGGCGCUGAACGAUUAGAUGAAGAAUUCACUGUAGUUCGUUUAUAUAUAAGUAAAAUGAAAACUGAAGCAAAAUCAUUACAAUCACGUGUACGUCAAUUAGAAGAAGAACGUGUUCAACAUGUACAAUUAAUGCGUAAAAGUGAUGAUGAAUCAAAAGAUCUACGUACAAGAAUUCAUGCUUUUGAAGUAAAAAUUGCUACAUUAACAGAUAAAAUUGAUGAAUCGGAAUCACGUAAACGUCAUUUACAAGAAACUGUUGAUAAUAUGAAUGCAGAAAUUGCUAAACUUCGUGCAAAUGAACAAUUUAUGUCUGGUUCAGGUGAACAAAAUGAAAAAAUUCUAUCUGGACAAUCAGUUAUACGUGCUAAAUUAGAUGAAGAAUUUAAACGUCAAUCGGAACAUUAUGCUACACAAGUGAAAAGUUUACGGGAUGAAUUAGAUGAAAAACAGAAAAAAUUAGAAGAAUAUAAAGAUGAAGCAAAUAAUUUCAAAUUCCAAUCAGAAAAAUCUCAAGAAGAAGUUACACGUUUACGUAAAGAACUAGAAGAUAAAUCUACACGAUUGGAAACAUUGGAGAAGACUACAGAAAAACGUGAACAAGCAAAAGAAGAUCUACGCGGUUUAGAAGAGACUGUUAUUAAAGAAUUACAAACAUUGCAUAAUCUAAGACGUUUAUUCAUACAAGAUCUUAAUUGUCGAAUUAAAAAGUCUGCUAAUCGUGUAAAUGCGUUAACUGCAGCUGAAAAAGCCACUGCUAAUAAUAAUACUAACCAGGGUGGUAAUACACCGAACACUGUUAGUGGUAUACCAGGUCAACAACAAAUCUCUGAAAGUCUACUUAUGGAUGAUGACGAUGAUGAUGAACCAAUUCAAGUUGGUACAUUAGCACAACGUGAAAAAAUUGCAUUCCUUGAAAAUAAUUUAGAUAAAUUAACGAAAGUACAUAAACAACUUGUUCAUGAUAAUGCAGAAUUACGUUGUGAAUUACCAAAAAUGGAAAAACGUCUAAAGAGUACCCUGGAACGUGUACGUAGUUUAGAAUUAUCAUUAAAAGAAGCCAAAGAAGGUGCUAUGCGUGAUCGUAAACGUUAUCAAGUUGAAGUGGAACGAAUAAAAGAAGUUGUACGUCAACGUAAUGUUACAGCACGUCGUGGUCAAUCACAAAUAGCUAAACCAAUACGUGCAGGACAUGCUCCUAUUAGCAGUCCUCAUGGUGGUGGUGUACCAAUUAAUUCACAGCCAGUUAUAAGACCAGAUCUUCUUGGUGCACCAUGAUUCAAAUAUAUUCUUACUGAUGUUCUUUUUAUCUGUGUUUAACCUUUAUCUAUGUGUUAUUCAUAUGAAUUCACUUGGUAUAUACAUCAAGAAUAUAUUCACUGCUUACAUACAUUAAUAUGAUACAUAUAAUACUGUGAACAAGAUAGGAAUUCAAUUAGCUAAUGCACAUACAUGAGAAUAUAUAAUGAAGAAAUCUAUCCAUUAUGUAAUGGUAUUUAAGUACAAUAGUAUAUACAUAUACAUAUGUAACUCGUUUUCUCUUGUUGUUUCUACUUUUUGUUGUUGUUGACCAUAACCACUGCACAUUAUCUCUUUUACACACACACCCACACAUACAUACAUAAAUUACACUAUGAGCCUUAAAUUUUAUGUAUAUUCAUCCCCGGUGUGUUUUUAUGGUAGUCGAUUUCUUUCAUAUUUCUUGCUUAUUUUUCAUUCACUCAAUGAAUUAAUGUUUGUUUUCUUUUGGCUUGUCAUUUAUGAUAAAUUAACCAUGACUACUGAUUGAGUGAUGACAACCAGUUGACUGGACUCUAUUCUCUGUGUUAUUAUUAUUAUUAUUAGUAGUAGUAGGAGUAAUAUUAUUUUGUUUUAUUAUGAUGAUGUGUGCAUUUGCGUGUGCAAUUGCACUCUACUUUGCUUAUUGUGCCUAUUCUUGAUUGUUCAUUUUAUUAUUAUUAUGAUCUAUUUCAUGUUGAAUGAUUAACUUUACUUUCUGUCUUCUAUUACUUUCACAAGUUAAUAUCAUAUUCAAUUAAAAGGUUUUGUGUACGACUACUACUACUAAUAGUACUACUGAUAAAUAUUAGUAAUCGGAACGUGAAUAAAUAAUGAUGUUAUUUUCUUAUAUGAUUCAAGAAGUUCAUUUCUGCGCCAUACACUUACAUGCACUGUGAAUUAAUACUAAAAGGAAAUAAUUGAUAAAGAUUUGUUGACGGUAAUCAAACUAAGAUGAUUGUUUACUAUGGUGUUGAGUAGUAACCAUAGUAGAUCAUCUCUAAAAUGUUCACAUGAACAUACCUAACACAUCUGUGUAUGUAUCAUAUUUUGUUUCGAUUUCUUUUUCUUAGUUUAUGCACGUACGUUAUGUAAGUGUAUCUGUUGUACACACACGCACACACACAUUUCGUACGUGCUAACAUCAAUAAAGGAGGUUGUAUUCCUAUGAACAAUAACAAAUCAUUGACAGUGAAUUAUUUUGUGUGUGUGUGUGUGCCAAUCAAUUCUACAUUAAUUGAUUCUUUUGAAUCGAUCAAAGUUGAUUGGGUUUUUUUCUUCAGUUGCCUCACUUGAUAUUAUCUUGAUUCUUAUUGUUAUCAUCAUUAUCAUCACUAUUAUCAGUGAAUGUAAUUGUUAGUUGAACUAUACAUGCGUAUAUUUACAUCUAUUUUAAUUGCUUUAUUCUAUGUGUUUAUUUCUUUGUGUGUACGUUUUCCACUCUGUUUUGUUCUAUCUCUUUUUCCACAUGAAAUAGAAGUAUAAUGUUCACAUAUAAUAAUAUCGCUUAUGUGUUACUGCUAGCAGUUAAUAUAAGAGAAUAAAAUGUGAUAAUUUAAU